CAUCAAUGUUUUAUAACAUUUGUUUGCCAGGCGACAGAGCGAUAACAGCGCACAUGUAUCAGCCGAACGCACAUAGAAUAACAGUCAAACGCGCGAUACGAAGAGCUAUACCACUCGAUAAAAGCGGUACGCUUCCGCGGUCUCGAAAAGUAUGUAAAAUAGCGACGACCGGUUGCUUGGCCGCAAAAUUGCAAAUACUUUCAAAAUGGUUUGGAGAGCUAGAAUCGGAUAUUUCAUUCGGACAUACGGGUUGGGAACAGCUGGUGCGAUAACUGCAUUAAGUAUUUUAUCACACGAGAAAUCAAAAGAUAAAAACGUUGCUUAUUCAGCCAAACGUGAAUGGUCCUACUCAUUUGAACCAAGUGUGAAGUGGGACUACAACUGGGACAGACGUGAGCCAGAAAACCUUGUGAAACCCUCCAAACAAAACACAGAGAAGGAUCCAGAUACAGUAGCAAAUGAACUGAAAUCCAAGACUGCAACAGCUACACGUCAUCUGUUGCUGAUUCGUCAUGGCCAGUACAACCGACAUGACAUUGACAUUGGCAGAUUCCUCACAAAACUGGGCCAAGAACAAGCAGACAUUACCGGCAGGCGUCUGAAGGAUCUGAACCUACCCUACACCGUCUUUAUCUCAUCGACAAUGACGCGAGCAAAGGAGACAGCUGACAUUAUUCACAAGCAUGUGCCUCACUUGUCUAUACAACGGAAUGACUUGUUGCGAGAGGGCGAACCAAUACCCCCAGAGCCUGCCUCAGCUCAUUGGAGGCCAGAAGUAGCGCAGUUUUACAAAGAAGGGGCCAGAAUUGAAGCAGCCUUUCGAAAAUAUUUCCACCGAGCUGAGCCGGACCAGACGGAGGACAGCUAUGAGAUCAUCGUCUGUCACGCUAAUGUCAUCCGCUACUUUGUCUGCAGAGCCCUGCAGUUCCCUCCCGAGGGUUGGCGACGAAUGUCUCUCGCUAACGGCAGCAUCACGUACCUCGUCAUCCGUCCCAGUGGCCAAGUCCACAUCAAGACUCUCGGAGAGAGCUGGCACAUGCCCGUAGAUAAAGUCACCUACACAUAGACACACAUUCAUUCCGGCAGGGAUUAUUUAGUCUUAUUACCCAUAUGGGCUCAAAUAUGCAGUGUAAUAACUUUUUGAUAUUUGCACAGUGUGCAAUUAGUGAAUCUCGAAGCUGAUUGGUCAGUGGAACAAAGAUCAAUUUUCAUUGGACAACGGAACUAUUUUUUUCUCAUCCCAUUCAUUCACAAAUACACGCCUUUCCCUUCAGAUGUUUUACGUGCUACAAUCUCACUGAUUCGAGAUUUUUAAGACAAGACACAUAGUUUCAUAUUAACAACAUGAUUACACAUUAUCAUUUUUUUCAUUUAUUUCACAUGAUUUUCAUUUUACAGUAAAAUCCAAAACUACGUCCCCGUUUGUAAACAAACAUGGCUGGCCAUUUGAGACCUGUCAAAGUAAAUGACCUCGUUAAAGCGGACGGAGAUCUGACUGACAUGAAAAGUUAUUCGUAUAAUUCAACCUCUGAACACAUUUAAUGUCUUUGUUAUCAAAACUGCAUAUGGCCAGAUUGAAGUUCCAAGAUUCAGAUUGUGAUGUUGCCAGAAACUGUUUCUAGGGCGCAAAGAUCAUGACCACCAAGUCCUGGUUUGCGUCUGUGUUAGAGGGCUUGCUGUGUGAUGAUUUUUUCAACCACCCGGAUCCAAAAACCGGACUUUGUAUAGACAGGUUUGCCUUGUGAACGAUGAUGACAUCGAUAACUGCCAAUGAAAAUGAAAACACAAUGAAAAAGUCUAAACUUGACAAGUUGACAUGAACUUAGUUCACAAAUGUAUAAAGGUAAGAAAAGCACGAAAAAUAUGACUACUCACACUUUCAACGAUGGCAUGAGAAUAAAAACAAAUUCAUUUUGCAACGACAUUUAGACUUUCCGAAAGACAUCAUAAAGAUACACUAUUUCGUACAAUUUUGUAACGUUGUGUGAAGAAAUAAGGACGUGACACUUUUUUAUACAAUGUUUACGUUUUUCGUAACCGCGACGUCUGCAAAGUAAGGUGCUGAGCGGUAUGCAGGCUGACUGACGUCCGGGGACCAUAUGACUAUGAGGGUUAAUGACACAGGAAAGGUGCAACUAAACAUUAUUAUUUGCAAAUUUAUCAUUUCGGCAUGCACAUCAGACAGUUCAGAAUUCGAACUGUCUACUUUGAAGGAGAUCAAGGGUAGCAUAGAGUGUUACCUUAGCGACAUGAUUACCAGCAUCUGGUUGCAAAAUCGAUGCACUUUGCUGAACUCGGAGGUUUUGAAAUCAAAACAAAAAUAAUUAAAAAUACAAGGAAAGGAAAACUUACCCCAGCGAGCUGAUCCUGUGUCCGAUAUUGAACUAAAUGAACUCCGUGAAUGCGGACAGCUUAGCACCAAGUCUCCAGAUACCGUGUUUGUCUAUCAACAGGUAUUCGACCAUUAUGAAUCACAUCAAAAUAUCAACAAACACCCGUCAUCUGACUGUGUCCACUACGCGUUUGACAAAUCCUCCUGAAAUCCCACAUGCACAUGUUUCCCAUCAGUGACACUUGUCUCAAAUCACACACGAUGUUAAUUAAACUUGUUGUCCGGAUUAAACUGUAACCGGUUCUCUUGUCAUUCCUGGUUUCGGCUGUCUCAUAUCUUGGUCAAGUCGGGUCAUUCAUUCCGACACUGUGACAGCAAUCGUACUUUUCAAAGUUUAGCUUCUUUUAGUAACUUUUCUCUAACAAACAAGACUUCUGUACAUUCCGUCUAUGUUGUUGUCAAAUGACACAUAAAAAUAUUGACAGGUUUUCCGUGUUUCCUCUUCUCAAUGUGAAAUGCGUGUAUCUGCCGAGAUACGAGAUCUUGUCAAAACAAGCUUUGAUUAAAAAACCUGAUGAACCUU